AUUCAGGUCGCAAGGCUUCCAUUCAGGCGUUUGGUUGGCCGGUAUCGGGUCCUUCCUCCUUUUCCUCGUCCCUGAGAGGCUGAUGUCAAGAUGAACGACACAGUGACAGUCAGAACCCGGAAGUUCAUGACAAACCGGCUGCUUCAGAGGAAGCAAAUGGUUGUCGAUGUCCUCCAUCCGGGCAAAGCCACAGUCCCCAAGACUGAGAUCCGGGAGAAGCUGGCCAAAAUGUACAAGACCACCCCUGACGUGGUGUUCGUCUUCGGCUUCAGGACCCAGUUUGGUGGCGGCAAGACGACGGGCUUCGCCAUGGUCUAUGACUCUCUCGACUACGCUAAGAAAAACGAGCCCAAGCACAGACUGGCCAGGCACGGUCUCUAUGAGAAGAAGAAGUCCUCCAGAAAACAGCGCAAGGAACGCAAGAACAGAAUGAAGAAAGUACGAGGCACCAAGAAAGCCAGUGUGGGCGCUGCUGGCAAAAAGAAGAAAUGAGGUGUCUGUUACAGUGAGCCUGGAGAAUCAGGGAUGUUCCUCGUGCUCAAGAUGUUCUUGUAUAUUGUCAUCGAAUAAAAAAAACUUUGGAAAAAAA